GCCCUUGAAGCCACCUCUCCGCCCUCUGCGACCAUGGCUGUGCUGGCGGCGCUUGUGCGCGGCAGCGCCCGCGGGCGCAGCCCCCUGCUUCGGGGGCUGAUGCAGAAAAUGAGAUAUGUAGAACGAAGUUAUGUAUCAAAGUCCACUUUGAAUGAAGUGGUUAUAGUAAGUGCUGCAAGAACACCCAUUGGAUCCUUUCUAGGCAGCCUUUCCUCCCUGCCAGCCACUAAACUUGGUUCCAUUGCAAUUCAGGGAGCCAUUGAAAAAGCAGGGAUUCCAAAAGACGAAGUGAAAGAAGCAUACAUGGGAAAUGUUCUACAAGGAGGUGAAGGACAAGCCCCUACAAGGCAAGCAGUACUGGGUGCAGGCUUGCCUGUUUCUACUCCAUGCACCACUGUAAACAAAGUUUGUGCUUCAGGAAUGAAAGCCAUCAUGAUGGCCUCUCAAAAUCUUAUGUGUGGACAUCAGGAUGUGAUGGUGGCAGGUGGGAUGGAGAGCAUGUCCAAUGUCCCAUAUGUGAUGAACAGAGGAGCAACACCAUAUGGUGGGGUAAAGCUUGAAGAUUUGAUCGUUAAAGAUGGGCUAACUGAUGUCUACAAUAAAAUUCACAUGGGCAACUGUGCUGAGAAUACUGCAAAGAAGCUGAAUAUUGCACGAGAUGAACAGGAUUCUUAUGCUGUUAACUCUUACACCAGAAGUAAAGCAGCAUGGGAAGUUGGAAAAUUUGGAAAUGAAGUUAUUCCUGUCACAGUUACAGUAAAAGGUAAACCAGAUGUAGUGGUGAAAGAAGAUGAAGAAUAUAAACGUGUUGAUUUCAGUAAAGUUCCAAAGCUGAAGACAGUUUUCCAAAAAGAAAAUGGCACAGUAACAGCUGCCAAUGCCAGCACACUGAAUGAUGGGGCAGCUGCUGUGGUUCUGAUGACUGCAGACGCAGCCAAGAGGCUCAACGUUAAACCACUGGCAAGAAUAGCAGCAUUUGCUGAUGCUGCUGUAGAGCCCAUUGAUUUUCCAAUUGCACCUGCAUAUGCUAUACCAAAGGUUCUUAAAGAUGCAGGAUUGAAAAAAGAAGAUAUUACAAUGUGGGAAGUAAAUGAAGCCUUUAGUCUGGUUGUACUAGCAAACAUUAAAAUGCUGGGUAUUGAUCCCCAAAAAGUGAAUAUCAACGGAGGAGCCGUUUCUCUAGGGCAUCCAAUUGGGAUGUCUGGAGCCAGGAUUGUCGUUCAUUUGGCUCAUGCCUUGAAGCAAGGAGAAUACGGUCUUGCCAGUAUUUGCAAUGGAGGAGGAGGGGCUUCUGCUAUGCUGAUUCAGAAGCUGUAGACAACCUCUGUUAAGUAGACAACCCUAUGUGUCCAGAAGACCUGCUGUAAUCAGUGUGACUACUCUGGGUCAGGUUAUACUUAAAAUAAGCUAUUUUGUUUAUUGUUUUCUACUUUAACUUUUUAAAAACAAGAUAAAAAUGAUCAAGUCCCUAAACCUUUUGAAAUUACAAAUAAAUUUUUUCUUCUGUUUUAAUUUUUUGGUAAUCUUUAAAAGUUUGACACAUUUUUACAUUAUCGAUCUAUUGAAAUACCAGUGUGUAGUAUUAGUAACUUAAGUAGGUAGAAACUUCCAUUUGAGAGAAUCAUAAUUUAUAUUUUUGAGGACUGUUAAAGGUCAAGUGAAUGUUAUCUUUCAUUUACAUUUACAUUUAGUAGACUCUUUAAAGUGAGAGCUGGAUACUCUGGGCAACCUACCAGUGUCUUAUACCACAAAUCAAGAAAACACAUAGUGUGUGCAGUAGUACUAGAAACAAAAAGAAAACCCAUGUGCUCGGGCAGUUUCUCAUAACCUUUGCAUUCAGGGUUGGAGAAGCGGGAAGGGGUCAAACUGAGAAAAUCCUGGGGUUUGGGCUUUGAAUUACUUAACAGCACAGAGAGUGGGAAAGAAGGUGAGAGCUAAGUUGAAUGAAUUUUUAAGGAAGGGAAAAGAGUGCCACCUCCAAUAAACCAUGAUGCCUAUUCUUAAUCAGGGUAGACGGUAGCAUGAAAAUCUUCAAUUGCAAUUCAUCUGG